UCUGACAUUUAAGUUAAAUUUCACUAAUAUGGUUGUAGUAUAAAGAUCUGCCUUCAAUUCUUUUGCCUUAUUUUUUUGAUCUUAUUUUUUAACCAAAGGAAUAAAAGUAUAACAGGUAAGUUAAUUUUUAGCACUGUCCAUUGACUUCUUGUCAUAGCAGGUGAAAGCUUAGCUUCUUCGGUCCACCGUGACGUUAUUUCCCUCCCUGUGUUCCCUCAACGUGUAUCAGUUUUCAUGAAAUCAGAAUCAAUGUUUACAUUACUACGACUCUGCAAAUAUUGUGCACUGCUGAGCCAUAUAGUUCUCUGACUGUGCCUCCUCCUUGUACGCCCUUCAUUCUUCUUCUUCAAUAUUAAUGAAAUUGGAGCCCUUCUGCACUUCUCUAGGAUAACCCAACCCCCCUUUUCCUAGCCAACGUGAUCUCACACAGCCACAUGCAGUAAGUAGCUCCCUGCCCGGUCUCCCUGCUUUCACAUUCUUCAUUUUUUCUGUGGAAUUAAUUUCCUGACUAUAUUCACUUGCCUGUUUUCUAACAGCUAUUUUUUUCCCCAAAUGUUUUAACAUUUGUCACAUGCCUAUCAAAAAUAUUUUCCGUCUACUAAGCCACAUCUGUUCCAUUUUUUUCUUGGAGACACUUUUCCCCAAUCUUUUGUCUUCCUACUCCCAUAUAGACUGGUGUUCCCCUAGGCCGGCUCUAUGCCUCUUUUCCUGGGAUAUCUGUGUGAAGUCAUCUGGGAUCUCACAUAACUCUGCUCUCUUAUGUUGGAUCCCCUAUGUCCUAGAUUCUGUUUCCCUCUUGUCUUGUUAUACUUCCUUGUUUUACUGGAGCACAUUUUCGUGGGAAAAGGGCACAUGGGCAGAAAGUUUAUAGAGAUCUAGCCUCUCUGAAACUCCUUCUAUUUGAUAAAGUAUAGAAUUCUCAGUUGAAACUAAUUUUUGCAGUUCUAAAGACACUUCCCUCUCAUCUUCUCAUUUACACUGUUGCUCUUAAACCUGUUGACAUUGUAUGGUACAUUGUACAUUACCGAUUGUAGUCAUUUCCCCCCAUCCCUUCCUUCUCGGGAACCUUUUAGUACCUUCCCUCUCCCUGGGAUUUUGAAAUUUCAUAAUUUGGUUUGGUAUAGACCUUUUUUGUGUGUUUCUUUGACAUUCUGUUUUUUUCUUCCAGGUUCCUAUUAUUCGGAUGUUGGAAGUCUUAGACUUACCAGAUCGCUAACUUUUUUCCCCUCCUGCUUUGCAUUUUGUCUUUUUGUCCUGCUUCCUGGAGAUUUCCUUGACUGUGCUCUAAUCCUUCUAUUGAAUAUAUUGUUUUGUCUACCUUAUUUUCAAUUUAUAGAGUUCUCUUAUAUCCUGUCAUUCUUUUUUUCACUGGUGCAAUUUCAAGUUUUCAUUUGCUCCUGAGUUUUUAUCACUCCCAUCAAUUCCUUCUUCCUGUUUUGUUUUGUGUUUUUUUUUAAAGCAUCCUUAUAUUUUAUUUUAUUUAUUUAUUUUUUGGCUGCAUUGGGUCUUGGUUUCUGCACGUGGGCUUUCUCUGGUUGCGGUGAGCUGGGCCUACUCUUUGUUGGGUGCGUGGGCUUCUCAUUGCAGUGGCUUCUCUUGUUGCGGAGCACAGGCUCUAGGGCGUGUGGGCUUCAGUAGUUGUGGCUCAUGGGCUCUAGAGCGCAGGCUCAGUAGUUGUGGCGCAUGGGCUCAGUUGCUCUGUGGUAUGUGGGAUCUUUCUGGGCCAGGGCUCGAACCCGUGUCCCCUGCAUUGGCAGGCGGAUUCUUAACCACUGCGCCACCAGGGAAGUCCCAUUCCUUCUUCCUGUUUUGAUCUCUUACUUGUUGGGGGCUUCCCUCAAACGUGUGAUGGUCCUUGGCUGUCUGUUAAGAUCUAAUUGGAAGCAUCACUUGGACAACUCGUUAACUGAUGGGCCUCACUGCAAGGAUUUGGGGACCACGCCUCUGAACCCUGAGCCUGCCUUGGGUUCUGUAAGACGAACUGGUUUUCUUGUUCCUGUCCUAGUCACUCUCCGUAUCUCCAGGGCAGCUUACUAAAAAGUAUAGCUCAUGCUCAACAAUAUUUCUAGAUGACAGCACAGUCAGCCAGCCUCAUCUUAGAACCACAGUAAAACGUAUGACCUUAGCAAUAUAUUACCACAUAAAGAACAGAGAUGCAGAUAGAUCCUUGGAUAUUUUUGAUGAGAGAUUACAUCCACUCACACGAGAAAAGAUGCCAGAGGAAUACUUCGAGCAUGAUCCUGAACACAAAUUCAUUUACAGAUUUGUUCAUACUCUUUGUAGUGCCGCACAGCUAACUGCUGAAAGUGCAGUAGUAACUUUGGUUUACUUAGAAAGGCUUUUAACUUAUGCUGAGAUCGACAUUUGCCCCACUAACUGGAAAAGAAUUGUUUUGGGAGCCAUUCUUCUUGCCUCCAAGUUUUGGGACGAUCAGGCUGUAUGGAAUGUGGACAACUGCCAGAUCCUCAAGGACAUUACAGUUGAGGACAUGAAUGAGAUGGAAAGGCACUGCCUGGAGCUACUUCAUUUUAAUAUUAAUGUUCCUUUCAGUGUGUAUGCCAAAUACUACUUUGACCUUCGCUCCUUAGCAGAUGACAACAACCUGAAUGUUCUAUUCACUCCUCUUAGCAAAGAAAGAGCACAGAACUUAAAGGCCAUUUCCAGAUUGUGUGACGACGAAUACAAAGACGUGUGUAGAGCUGCUAUGAGAAGGUCUUUCAGCGCUGAUAAUUUCAUUGGUAUUCGGCGCUCCAAUGCCAUCCUCUCUUAAGGGAGAAGUGAGGGGUUGUAACAUCAUAAACCCCUCGAAACAAGGACUGGAGAAAUAGCACCUCUCCUGCUCAGAAACCAGCAAAGUUAGUAUUUUCACCUUAAAGAAAGACAUUGAAUUCAAGAGACUCAUGGACAAGCGAAGAUUAUGCUCAUAGGAAAGAACAGGACCUCGUCAAUGUAACACGCUCUUCUGUCCUUUUUAUUGUAAACAGAGUUACAAAAACCACUCCAAAGCUAAAAGCUCCCAAUCCAUGCACAGAUAUCUGCUCCCAAUCGACACACAGAUAUCUGAUAGCUGAGAACUAUGUGAGGUUUUUUAAUUAAUAGCUUAAAUUUUUAGACUUUAAAGACUUUAGACUUUAACUAUAUAAAGACUUUUAACUAUUUAAA